UUUGGCAUCUUGUGCUUCCUCAUUCAGUAGGAGGAAAGAAAUGAGAGUUGCUACCACACCCUAAUGGAAGAAGGUGCAGUGUUCUUGGACCUCUGUUUUGACCUGUUUUGUUUGUGAGUCACCAACUUAAUUGAUUGGGUGGGUCUGACAUUCAUUUUCAAAGAGAGGAAGCAGGAGGUGCACCCAGUCACACAGAAACUGGGAGGCUCUCGCUGUGGAUGGGUCUUGUCUUCAGGCUGCUGUAUUCACCUGCCCUUUUCUAAAGCCAUCUUCUGCUCAUCCUCCCCAACUUAUGGAGUCUCCUUUCAGAAUCAUACUGGUUUUGAUGGCCAUGGCUGCAUCAGCAGCACAGGAUUAUUGCACGUGUCCAACCAACAGACGGACAAAUUGUGUCAUGGAGCGUGAUAGCUGCAUCUGCAAGGCUCUGGCUUCAAAUCAGAAAGUGGACUGUUCAACGCUGACGUCUAAAUGUCUGCUUAUGAAGGCAGAGGUGGGUGCCCCAAAAGGCAGGCGGUUUUCAAAGCCUGAAACUGGUUUUUUGGACAAUGAUGGACUGUAUGACCCAGACUGUGACAACAGUGGCAUCUUCAAAGCCAGGCAAUGCAACCAUACAGAUACCUGUUGGUGUGUGAACAGCGCUGGGGUCAGGAGAACGGAUAAGAGUGAUAAAAACAUACCGUGCAUCGAGCGUGUUAGAACAAACUGGAUUUUCAUUGAGCUGAAGCACAAAGAGCGUGAAUCUGCCUUCUCCAAGUCUGAAGUGGCAAGCAGCCUCCUGCGACUCAUUCAGAACCGGUACAUGCUCCAUCCAAGAUUCGUCCCAUCUAUUAAGUAUGAUAACCCAUUCAUCCAUAUUAACUUGAAACAGAACAUUUCACAGAAAUCUGACAGAGAUGUGGAUAUUGCAGAUGUAGCCUAUUACUUUGAAAAAGACAUCAAACGUGACUCCCAUUUUACCUCUGAUAAUAUAUUUAAUAUCACUGUCAAUGGAGAACCAUUAGAUAUUGAAGAAAUCCUAAUUUACUAUGUUGAUGAAAUCCCCCCAGAAUUCUCUAUGCAACACCUGACAGUUGGUGUUAUUGCAGUGGUAGUGGUGGUUCUCUUGGCCAUUAUAACUGGGAUUACUGUGCUUGUGAUUAUUAGGAGAUGGAGGACGGGAAAAUAUGAGAAGGUUGAGAUUAAGGAGAUGGGAGAAAUGCAAAUAAAUCAGAUUUCAUAGAUGUUGUAAUUUGAAGGCAGAAUUAAGAUUUUGACACUGAGGAAAUGAAAGACAGAUAACAAGAUUAUCCCAUGUUGUUUGAAGGGAAGGAGGUAUUAAUUUUUCCUUCUUAAAAAAAUAAAAACAGCAGCUUUGUGGAAUCUUCCCCAAUCGCAGAAUGGAAAACUGAUACAGCUUGAUUAUAAUAUAUAUCUGAUGUUUCAGAGAAAAAAAAAUCCUAUGUUAUAACCUAUUCCAGAAUUGUUCCAGUUUCAUAGUGUUUUUUAAAAAACACAAUGUUGUUUCAUAGCUACACAGUUAGCUUAAUUUAUCUGAACUCUGUUUCUAUACCUGUUUUUAAGUGUAUAUUAAAAUAUUUUUUUUCUGUGUCUCUUAAACACAUAUAUACAGGACUUAUCUGUACAUCCAAGAUUGGCUUUCUGUUGUUGAAUGUGUUGCACUUUUAUUUUAUGAGUUUAAUUGGCUGAAAAUGUUUGCUUCUGUACCAGACCUAAAACUGAAAGAAUUCUACUUUUGUAAAGUAAUGCCAGCAUAGCUUUCUAAUGGAAUAGAUCUGCAUGUAACAUGAUGGUUCCUUGAAAUAAAUUUUCUUAACUUUAAAUUGCUGUUAAUGCUGUGAUGAUGAACUUACCUUAGCAUAGAUCAGUGGUGGAGAAUAUGGGCCCUACAGAUCUUGCUGAACUACAAUCCCCAGUGUCCCUCACCAUUGGCCAUGCUAGCUGAGGCUGCUGGAAGUUGCAGUUCAGCAAUAGUGGAAGGAGACAGGUUCCUCAUAAACUGACUGUUGCUCCUCUAGGUUUUAUUGUAUGGAUAAGCUUUGGAGUGCUUGCUGAAUUUCUGCUGUAAGGUUGCAUUCUCUAGUACUCUGUCGGAUGGUGGUAUGUAAAUUGUUUAGACUACUCUAAAGUGGAUGAUCUAAUUCUGCCACUGCCAGUCACUACUAUGGCAUCAUCAGUUUCCAUCUGGUGGUAACACCAUUUCAUAGUAAGCUAGUGCAGCUCUAAGGGAAACUCAGCAUUAUGCAAUGAAUGCUUGUAAGUAGCAGUUUCCAUGUAACUUAGUUGUGGAAAACCCCACUCCCUCCCCCAUUUCUGCUGUUUAACAGCCAAAAAUGAUUCAGCUGAGCAUUUAGGACAUGACAUGUGGUUUGCUGUUUCUAGUUAACCAAGGCAAUCCUUUAAAUAAAUAAUGCACUCCCUCUUAGUUUUGUAACGCUGCCAAGACGUAAGAACUAGCAAUGCUGUCCAUUUAUUUUUAUUUCAAACAACAUAAAACUAUGUAUUGAAAAAGAAA